AUGCGUCUUCUCAUCGCACUUCUUAGCUUGGCCACCUACGCCGAUUCUCUCUACUUCCAUAUUGCGGAAACUGAGAAGAAAUGCUUUAUCGAGGAGAUUCCAGACGAGACUAUGGUGACCGGAAACUACAAAGUACAAUUAUACGACCCAAAUACGAAGGGAUACGGAGAUUAUCCGAAUAUUGGAAUGCACGUUGAGGUUAAGGAUCCAGAGGACAAGGUUAUUCUCUCGAAAUUGUACACCUCCGAAGGCCGUUUCACUUUCACAUCGAAUACUCCGGGAGAGCACGUCAUUUGUAUCUAUUCCAACACUACUGCGUGGUUCAACGGAGCCCAACUUCGUGUUCAUCUUGAUAUUCAGGCCGGAGACCAUGCUCAGGAUUACGCUCAGGUAGAAGAAGAGCGAAAAUUGGACGAAAAUCGAGAAAAAAGCUUGGAAAAUGAAGAUUUUAGGCUGAAAAUUGAUGAAAAUCGUGGAAAAUGCUCUGAAAAACUGAUUUUUUAG